AUGGAAUAUAAUUCAGCUGUUAGUAUGAUUCUACCUGAUACUAUUGAUCUUAUUGAAAAUGAUUUUAAUGAUGAAGAUCAUGAAGAUAUUGUUCAUGAACAAACAAAUCAAAAUGAAAUUGUUGAGUUGAUCAUGGCAGCUUUUGAAGGUCAGGAGGAACCAUCAGAUGGUGAAGAUGAUGAUGACGAUGAUGAUGAUGAUGAUGAUGACGAAUCAUGCAAUACAUCUGAUUCAAGUCAUCAUACUUCAGACGAAAAAAAUAUGUUAACUAUGAAUAAUAAUCAUCAUUAUACUGAUGAACAUUAUGUUCCAGAAAACAAUGAAUUACUUGACAGUAAUCAUUCACAUCAACAAACACUAUUUUCAACGUCAGCAAUCUUCACCCCUUCAUCAGAUGUUCAUAAAUCUGAGAUUAAUGAUAAUGAUUAUACAUGUUCGCAAAAUGGUGAACAUAAUAAUCAUUUAUCUAUUAUUGAUCCAAUGCAAGUUCAAUAUUUACAUAAAAAAUCUUCAACAAAUUUAAAUGAAACCCAAAAUCAAUUAAAUAAAUUACGUAUAUUAUGCAAUGCAAAAGAUCGAAAAGUUUCUCAGCUUGAAAAUCUUUGUGAAGAAUAUAGAGAAAAAUAUGAAAAUGAUGUACGAAAACUUAAACAUAAACUUGAAUUGAGUGAACGAUCAAAAUAUGAUUUAGAACAAAAAUAUCAAUUGAUUUAUACACAACAUGAAAUAUUGUUUCAAACAAAUAAUCAAUUACAUAGAACAAUUAAAGAUGCAGAAUUACGAAUUCAACAAUUAGAAGUAUAA